GUGCUCAUUUUGUCAGUCACCUGACAGGGGCGCCAAAAAAGUGCGUCAUAGAAACGCAGCGCGGCGCCUUCACCCUGUGUGAAUUAAAUCGGAGCUGGCAAUGCCUGGAUUUGAUUUUCCAGCUAUUUUUAUUGUUUAAUCUGUGAAUGGCGCCUAAACAGGACCCUAAACCUAAAUUUCAAGAAGGUGAACGAGUGCUGUGCUUUCAUGGGCCAUUGCUAUACGAAGCUAAGUGUGUAAGAAUCACUAUCAAGGACAAACAAGUGAAAUAUUUUAUUCAUUACAGUGGAUGGAAUAAGAACUGGGACGAAUGGGUUCCUGAAAGCCGUGUGCUCAAAUAUGUGGACAGUAACCUGCAGAAACAGAAAGAGCUUCAGAAGGCAAACCAAGACCAUUAUGUUGAGGGAAGGAUGAGGGGUGUCGCACCGAGCAAGAAAAUCGCUGCUGUGCAGCAAAAAAAUGUAGAUGUGCUUUCUAUUCAUUUCACUAGAAAAACAAAGAAGAACAAGCAAAAGACACCAGGGGCUGGAGAGGGCACUAGCACUGGGGACAUGCCUCACCCCCCACGCAAGAAGAGGGCACGUGUUGACCCAACUGUUGAGAGUGAGGAGACUUUCAUUAACAGAGUAGAAGUGAAGGUAAAAAUUCCUGAAGAGUUAAAACCGUGGCUGGUAGAUGACUGGGACCUGAUCACUAGACAGAAGCAGCUUUUUCACUUGCCUGCUAAAAAGAAAGUAGAUGAUGUCCUUGAGGACUAUGCAAGUUACAAGAGAACAAGAGGAAACUCUGAUAACAAAGAACAGGCCGUGAAUGAGGUGGUUGCUGGAAUCCGCGAGUACUUCAAUGUCAUGUUGGGCACUCAGCUCCUCUACAAGUUUGAGAGGCCACAGUAUGCAGAGAUCCUAGCAAACCAUCCAGAUAAAUCCAUGUCUCAGAUCUACGGAGCCCCGCACCUACUGAGGCUUUUUGUGAGAAUUGGAGCAAUGCUGGCCUACACACCUCUGGAUGAGAAGAGUCUGGCCCUGCUUCUCAGCUACCUGCAAGAUUUUUUAAAGUAUUUGGUGAAGAAUUCAUCGUCUCUGUUCAGUGCAAGUGACUAUGAGGUUGCGCCUCCAGAAUAUCAUCGCAAAGCUGUCUGAGGGCAAAGCCAGUGAGGAUGUUUGGUGCUACGUUCUGGUCCUCAUUUUUUUUUUUUUUUUUUUUUAAUCCAUUCAUCAAGUCUUGUGGAAGAUCUUAGUGCCCACAACAUGAGUCAAUAAUUAUUCAGUACUCUAAGGAUGAUGUCUGGUAUUCCAGAUAAGGAUGAAAUCUCUUCGGAAAGCUGCUGGUAAUUGCUCCCAUUUUAUUGAUCAAACUUAUUUUUUAUUUUUCUGGUUUAUGUAAUAUUCAUAAACAGAACCUGGUCGUGUAUAGUUGAAAUGCUGCAUUUUUUUCCUUCAAACAUGUCAGUCAAUAAAUUGUCCUUUUCAGCUGCGA